AACUGUUUACUGUGUAUCUUGUUUACAAACAUUUUGUUUAAUGUUUACUAUGAUGGAGCCAGCGUGUUAGAGAAUUAUAAUUAUUUUCACUUAGUAUUUAAAAUUUCUUUCUUUAAGCAAUGGCUUCGUUAAAUUUUUGCAUCCGAAAUUGCUUUUCCUUAAAAAGAAACUUUCAACAAAAUUUUAUUAAUGUCAAAAAAUUAAAAGCGUUUUUGUGUCAACCAAUCACUAUAAAUACCGGCAUUUAUAAUACUAUGUCCAUUUCAUGUGGGCCUGGAUGGAAUUAUAUAUUAUCUUCAAAAAAAGUUCAUAAAUGUACAGGUAUACAAUAUUUUAAUGCCAGUUGCAUGUCAAGGUGGACAAAUGAUAAUUCAAGGAAUUUAACAAAUGAUAAUGCAAGGAAAAAACAGAGGAAUAUGGAAGUGCGAUUUGCGGAAAAUAUGAAAGUGAAAAUUCAAUCCGCCAAGAGAGAAACUAGACGAAAAGUGCAUAAAAAGAUAUCCGAAAUAAAAGAAAAUGUUUUAACAAUUCCUAAUGCUCUCUGUGCUAUAAGGAUAGCAUCAACACCUGUUAUUGGAUAUCUUGUUCUUUCAGAGCUUUAUACAGUUUCUCUUGGCCUUGUUAUUUUUGCAGGUUUUACAGAUGUAGUGGAUGGUUUUAUUGCUAGAAAUUUCCAAAACCAGCAGUCUAUGAUUGGCAGUUUUUUGGAUCCUGCAGCUGAUAAACUUCUGAUUGCAACACUUUUUGUUACUUUAACUAUAAAUGGUCUCAUUCCAAUUCCACUGACCUCCCUGAUAUUGUUUAGAGAUGCUUGUCUGUUUGGAGCUGGAUUCUACAUUCGCUAUGUAUCCUUGCCACCUCCUAAAACUCUGAGCAGGUAUUUUGAUAUGUCCUUAAUUACUGCAAAGCUGUCUCCAACUGGUAUAAGUAAGAUGAACACCAUGAUCCAGUUAACGUUGGUUUCAGCUUCACUUGCUGCUCCUGUCUUUAACUAUGUUGAUCAUAUGUAUUUGCAUAUUCUUUGGUAUAUUACUGCAACCACAACAGUCCUCUCUGCAGCAAGUUACCUUUAUUACAACAAUUCAACCUACAAGCUUUUCACUGGUAGUGAUAGAGAUAAAGAAUAAAUUAUUUUUCCUUUUGUAAAGGAAGAGCUAUAUGUUUGUUACUAUAAGUUUUUAUGAACUGAAAAAUAGAUGAAUGUUACAAAAAAAAAAAAAAAAAAUCAUUACACUAUUUUUAGAGAUUAAAUAAAGAAAUUUUUAUUUUUGUGUGA